AUGUUUGUUUUUUUUCGCGCACUGAAUUUUCGGCAGGCGUACGACUACAAGCGACGGAUCGACUUGAUCGAGGCGAGCAUGGACAGGCUACCCCGGGGGCUCAGGGCGAAGCUUCGGUCCUCGGCGACGGGCAUGAAGAGCCCCGAGUGGGAUCGUCACGACAGGCUGGUGGCCCAGCUCUCGGCGGACCAAGACGCCGCCGCCGCCGCCGCCGCCGCUGCCGCCCAGGCGUCCUCCCUCCCCGGCAUGGCGUCGCGGGGCCGCUCACAGUCCCGAGGCUCGAGGUCCGCGUCGGCGAACGCCAACGACGAGAGCUCCCGCAGCCGUAGCCGGAGCUUCAACCUUCCGCUUCGAGGGUGGGGUAAGGGUGGCGGCGGCGGCGGCGGCGGAGUGCACGUCCCCGACGCGUACCGCAUCGAACGCGCGGACACGGACACCUACCGCAACAGCCGCGUGGACACGGACAUCGAGGAGGAGAGCAUACGCGCCAUCAGCGAGGGCAGCCGGCACCAGAGCAGCGGGGGGACCCCCAGCCGCGGCGGUGCGGAGGGGGAGGAGGAGGAAGAGGUAGGGGAACGGCCGGGUCGCAACAAGAGCUUCUUCGUCGGCUUGGGCAGGUGGGGACCCGGUCGCAGGCGGAGCGCGUCGACGCAGGAGCUUUCGUCGCCCGUCGCCGGCGGCGGCGGCGGCGGUGUCGAGAAGCGGAGGCGGAACUCUUCCUCCGCAGCGGCGGCGGCGGCGACUGCUGCCAACACCCGGCGAAACAGUCUCUUCUCCUCCUUCACCGGGGAGCGGCCGUCGGUAGCACCGUCGGUAGACCCGUCUCCAGACAACAACAACCAGGGGGCGGCGCGGAGGUUCGGAAAGAAGUCGCCGGGCGCCGGCAAGCGGAAGGGCCUGCUCAAGAGCCAGACCAUGGUGGACGUCCCCGCCACCGGACUUAGGAGCCCCCCGCCACCGGAGCCGCUCAGGUCCGCGAAAGGUUCGGGCGGGAAGAAAGCUUGGGGCCGCACCAGCCGGGCGACCACGGCGGCGACGGUGGACGUCGAGGACGACCUCGAGCCGCGGCAGCAGCGCGCCAAGUCCACGAGCGGCGGCGGCCGCCCGCCAACGACAACGCGCGACAAGCGGGCGAGCCCGGACGCCCGGUCGGGCCCCGGCCGGACCAGGUGGGGGCGAGGGAGACAGUCGUCAUCGCGCACCCUCGGCACGGGCUUGUCCAGCAAGUCGACGCCCGACCCCGUCGUCCAGGGGAGGACAGGCCGCUUGCGGCGACAGACGGCAUCGCCGACGCCGGUCGAGGGCCUGGGUACCUCCAGCUCCUCCAAGUCCUCGUCACGCAGCGAGAAGGCGAAGAAGAGCACCACCGGGAGGGACCGGGAACACCCCGCUCGGGAAGACGCCGCGUCGGCGGAGCGGGUGGCGACACUGCUGAAGGCCGAGGAAGAUGCAGAAGCGCGUCGCCAGUUAGAGCACAGGAUCAUCACCCUUGAGAUGAAGCUGCUCGUCAAAGACCUCGUGGACACGGCCUGCGUGCGGGCGGCGGAGAGGACCAGCGAGAGGUCCAGCGAACGGUCCAGCACGCGAUCCAACCAAUCGUCCCUGAAGUGGACGCCGCUGUCCGUGUCUUCUUCGGUCGCUCCGGCGCCUCUUCCGCGGCUGUCCGCGACGGCCGUGCAAGCGGAGCGGCAAUCGUUCUUCGGAAACUUCUGGAACGCCGGCGGCGGCAAGGACGGCGGCGACAUUUCCAACGGCGACGGGGGCCUAGGCGGCGGCCAGGGAAUCGGCGGGGGCCAGACCGGCGGCGGCAUCGCCGGCCACUGGGGCGGGUUCGACAGGGACGGGGCGAGGCAGCAGCGUAACCGCUCCGCUGCCGCCGCUGUCAGCUCCAACGGGAUUGAUAUCGAUUCGAAGGCGGUCUGGAAGCCGGACGGGACUCGAUAUCUCGCGUCUGCGCGGAACCAGGGCCGCAGGGGUGACGACGAAUGGAACGAGGAUGGGGGCGAGAAGAAGAAGAAGGAGGAGGUGGAGGUGGACGAAGAGGAAGAAGGUUUUUUCCAGGCCCUCCGCAGGAAGCUUUUCGAAGGCGACAAGACGUCGUACAGGACCACAAGUCGUGCGGCGAGCGGCGGCUGGCGGCGGGUGCUACGGCUGAGCGAGGUGAAGACAGCGAAUGCUGCCGUUUCGCUCGACCACCUAGCCGACGCCGGUGAAGCAGACGGCAGCGCCGGUCGCUGCCGUAGGCGCUGGCGCUACCGGCGGUAGCGGUAGCGGAAGCGGCAGCCGCCCGGCCAGGCGAAACUCGACGCCGACCGGAACAAACGACUCGCGACCAUCAAGAAGCAAGUCGAUGGCUGCAGCAGCGGUGGCGGGCCCAGGAAAGCAGCGUUCCUCCCGCGCCAUCAUGAUCCUCCCCCCGCCCAAGCUGGCCGAGAGAAGCCCUCCGGCGAAUCAUCCGGACGCCGGCGCCGGCGGGAGCCGCCCCGUCGAGCGUUCCCGGGCGGUUACUUCGGCAGCGCCGGUGCCCCCGCCCAUGGCUCCCGAGCUGGCGGAGGAGGCCGCCGCGAAGUUCGGCCUCGUGCGCAUGCAAGUAGCCUCGGGGUAAAGGUUAGCCAACCGCCCAGCUGCUGGGAGCAUGAAGAAGAAACUAGCUGGUUCGCAAGGCGAAAGCAGUCCUUACUCUCUUGCGCAGCGCUGGGAGCAAGAAGAAGAAACCACGCAAGGCAGCUUUUGUCUUUCUUGCCUACAUGCAGCGCAAUUUUUUUUGGUAGGCGCGCCAUGACGGCGGGAAUCGCAGCGAAACGCCCGCGAAAUCAGAGCCGAAAUUGAUUUUUGCGGAGACUUUCAACUUCCAGGUUUUUGGAAAAGCCGCAGCAAGCGGAUUAUCCGGGGGAUGGCCUAGUGGCAUUUUUUUUUUCCGUAUGGAAGCAUCUCCUCCCUCCCGGGUAUUGCAUGCCUACGUCGCAGUCCCCUCUCUUUUUUGAUGUGUGUGUGGAGAGCUACUCCGUCGUUUUUUGUUUUUUGUCCAGUUGAUUGUAGACGUUUCCCUAGGUUGUAUCGUCGUGAGUUCUCUAGUCGUGUUUCUCUUGGUCACGCACUCAAGAGUAUUUCCCAUCACAAUAGCGUCGCGUAUGGUGCUUGGUAGGGUGCGCACCUGGGAGUGUCGUCGAUGUAUGUGUGUUCGUAUUGUAACUUUCCCCUAUAUAUAAACGUCGGUGGUGUAUAGUGCACAGUUUUCGGAGUAUAUUUGUUGUUCCCUUGUGUUCCAUAUUAAAGGAGGUUGGUCAUCCCACGUAUUACACACCACGUACUGCGAACCUUUUCUGUCGGCCACGAAGUUUGUCUCAGCUUCCUAUUGCGGAUUGGACAACCAAAACUGUGGGUUUUCGAACAUAGACAGACUACUAUCUAGGUGUAUCGGUUAUGCCAGAAUUGUGUAGGGUAAUUUAAGGAACUUUUUUUUUUUUUCCCGGGAUUUCUUCGAAAAAAGUUCGGGUGGGAGCGCGGUCGGAUGGGAUGACGGUGGUAGCAGGGACAUGAUCAUGGAUCGAAUGACGCGGGAUUCACGCACUGCCGCUGGUAUGCGCAUUGCCUGCCACGAGUGUCGUCAUCUUGCCGGAACAUGUUGAACGGGUAGUUGCUACGCCUUUUUUUGGGCUGGUCGUUUUCCACAAUCAAACCAUCCGUGUGUCGG